UUCCUCGUUUGCACUUUUGACGAUUACAACUUCCCGAAUCAAUUUCGCCAUUCCUUAUCGGGUUUUUACUUUUUACUGAUGAUUGUUUUGGUAAUCAUUGGGGUACGUAAGAAAGCAAUCAGCAUAAUAAAAACCAUAUGGAUACCCCUCACACCUGCCUAUAAUACUGAUUUGCUUUGAGACGAGCGACCGUUUGAACGGAAGCAGAUGUUGUCUUUUCUCGGGUUCCAGACGUCCAAGAAGUGAGAACCCAGCGUUUUAUUUUGUCCGUUCGGAUCUCCGGUCAUCUCUUCGGAAUCGUUCCUGAAUCCCUCGUUCCUCUUUUUACCUGUCCGGCGCGGCUCUUAUAACGAUUACCUUGCUUGCGUAAUAUCGCGUGAUUUCGAACUGAAACUGGAAUCCAUGGAUAGUAUUAGGGAAACAGUUGCCGUGGCGGAGCAAGAUGUCGUUGGUCGAUCAUUCUCCGCAGGCGACGUUAUUCUGACCUGCGAGCCAUGGGUCUGGGCAUUCGAUCGCGCCGCGUACAAGGACUACUGUGCGAACUGCUUCCUAGAGAAGGAGGGGCUACAAACGUGCUCGCGUUGUCAAUUGCAUCGCUACUGCAGCAAAGCGUGCCAAGUCUCCGACUGGAAAAGAGAGCAUAAACUGGAGUGUGCUAUACUGCGUGAGGUCGGUGGUAGGAUGGCGAUUAAGCGACUGAAAGACCAGCCUGCCGGGCCCUUCCAGUUUUGUUUCUCAGCGACGGAUGACCUGGUCGCCAAGAUAGCGAAUAAAAUCAGGCUGAACUUGACGAUGGAUCUCGGCCAUCGGGGAACUCUGUCAGCUGCCGACAUUUUCGCCUUGCUUCCUCUCAAUCCAUCCGCUGGCGGCGGUGUAGAGUCCACGGAUGAGUCGGCGACCACACUUUCCUCGGAUUUGCUGACUUAUCAUUAUACCGGGGGCUACAACGCCGUGCCCAUCUAUGACUUUCGCGAUGACAGGCAGUAUCCGUUUGCCGUGGCCAUCUAUCCCCAAGCACCCAUCCGGGCCAUGACACCGGUGUGCUGGGAUGUCAACGUUACUCUGAACUUCAGAGGUCGCCGCUUGAUCAUUGUCGCCACACAGGAUAUACCAAAUUAUACCGGACUUCACGAUCUACGUCAUAAUCGAAUGAUGCGGGAUGCGUUUUCGCGUCCACUGCUGGAACGUCGUGAUGUGUUCAAGGCGCUGCAUGGUCGUCUAUGCACUUGUCGCAAAUGUACCAAAGAAUUUGAUGCCGCGAUCAAUCCGUUGAAAUGUGUGACUCCAGAGUGUCAGGAGCCGAUACCCAGCGACCGCCGUGCACUGGCGCCGUGCCCGCAGUGCGGCGCGGUUAACGGAGUUCAGCUGGUGAAGCUCCGGCGCUUUACGGACCAAUGCGACACGCUGUGGCGGAGCGGUCUAGACGAAAUUUUUCGGAUGUUCGAGAUUGAGAAAAAUUUUAAAGAGGUCAAAGCGGAAACGUUUCUCCAUCCUGAUGCCCAUAUUCGCUACGUCUAUUCGCUUAACCGCUAUCAGGAUUAUUUCGAUGAGGGCCGUUAUGAAGAGGGUUGGAAGAUGGUGCAGGAGAUGGUCAACUGUCUAAGGACAAUUCAUCCAAAGUACGAAGUCGCUUUCGCCGUUAAGGCAGCCUCGAUCGGGAUCGCGGUGCUGACUGUCAUAAAGGAAAAGGUGCUGAAUACACCGCCGAAGCAGAGAAAACGACUGCGGUCAGUAGCAACAGCGAUAUAUCCCGUGGCGCGCAGCUAUUGCAAGGAAGCGGAAGAUUUGCACAAUCAUGUGUUUGGUCCGGAUUCCGCUGGAGCCGCACUCGCGCGCGAAUGGUCUGCCGAAUUAGAGGGCUUGAUCUGCAGUUUGCAAGCGGCAUUAGACGGGGAUCAACGUUAACCGCUCGAUGGGCUUCGCAGUCUGUAGAUUAAAGUUUUCAAAUACCGUUGGUCAACAGUUUUGUGACUUGUUGUCUAUAAAACCAUAUGAUUUGAUUUCGGUUGAUUUGUUUAUUACGGCGCUGUCAGUCGUACACAUGCUGAAUUGCAACUUUGUUUGUAAUGCUGUACCUUUAUAGUAAUGCUGUAUCUGUGAAUGCGAAGCUUACGUUAACUUACUGACAUUUCUUUCGAAAACUGAAAUAUCUUUUACAUGACGAGUCGGUAGCUGCGAGUACAGGU